AUGGAAAUUGACUCUGAAGACAGAUAUGCUUUCUCCAAAUUCUACGUAGAUCGAAAUUUCACCAUCAAUUAUCGAAAUGUUCUCAAUAAUAUGAUAGAAAUAGAAGAAUUUGUUUCGUUUUGCCUGCACCAAAUGUUUCGCGAUGAAGCCUUUCGAGGCAAGAGAAUUCUUGACGUAGGAUGUGGCCCGACCGUUCACAGAAUGGCAGCACCGAGUAAAUAUUUCUCGGAAAUUGUUUUGUCUGAUUAUACCGAGAACAACCGUGAAGCUGUUCAAGAAUGGUUAAAAAAACGAAGCAUCGUCGAAGGAUUGGGAUACUUUGAUGCGAAUGGAAUAAAACUUCUAAACGUCGAAGAAGGAAUAAACGAAAUUAAACUUCGAUUUAGACAAAAAAUAAAAGAAGUAAUUCCUUGCGAUGUCUUGCAGAAAGACAUCAUUUCCUCGGACGUCGGAAAGUUUGACGUGUUGUUUACCUCUUUAUGCUUAGAAGGGGCUUGCACCACAUUAGAGGAUUUUAAAGCGGCUGUUAAAAAUUUUAACAAUUACAUCUUGCCAAAUGGAGGAUUAGUAAUGAUGGUGGUAUUGAACGCUACCUAUUAUUUUGUAGGAAAGCGUAAACUUUCAGGUCUUUCG